CCACAUCCCCGGAGAAGCUCGCUGGCAUCAUCUGACCCUCGCACGUCACAUCCCUCCAGUUGGGCUCCACUGAACUGCUGUUACUGCUGUGUACGAUUUGUGUUCUGUUCAUUCUGCUUGUGCGAAGAUAUGAGAUUCACACAUAUUCCCCGCAGUUGAUCAGAUCAUGGACGACGCCCAUCCAAAGCUCCACCUCUACUCCCUUCCCAACGAAGUUCUCGGUCAGAUCCUAUCCUCUUUCUCAACGCGCUCCCUCAUCUCUUGGGCGACAGUUUCCCACCGCUUCUACGCCCUCGUCCUACGGAUCCUACAUUAUCGCCUACUCAUCGGCGCUCCACUGCAUGAAUACAAACUCAUCCUAGAAUGCUUUCAUCCGAACUCAAAGCUAACCGAGCCUCAUGUAUUCUGCACAUACCUUGACACCGACGGUUUAGAUUGGCUCUCCGGGCGGGGUGGUUCGCUUUAUGAGAACACCGACACGGCCCAGCAACUUGGGAAACUGAGUUCGGUGUAUUCUCGGUUCCGUCCUGAAGUCGUGGUAGAAGAAAGAUUUAGCGGAACAAGGCUAGUUCCCCUAAGAGACGAUGAGCAAGAUUCCGAUCGAGACAACUUGGUUGUCACGCGCCCUAUAAACCUGGAGAACUUUGAAGACUUCUCUCAGCUUUGUGUAGUCGUGAACAUUGUGAAGGUCAUGCCGGGUACAAAUCUGCUUCUAAGUGCACACACGGUUGAGGACGGGGUAAUCAGGGUGUUCCGCGACUGGCUGAGAGACGAAGAGAAGCGCUUCCGGGAUGUGGUACCAGAUGGUACAGGGCCUUCGCAAAUGCUAUGGGUUGAUCAGAGCAAGAGUGUCGGCAUCAAAGUGCGGGUCAAGGCGAAACCACUAAUGAACCAAAAUGUGCCAAUUCUCGUCCAUCGCGACGACGACGAAUUCACGAGCUAUGAAUUGUUAAUCGAAGAAUUACAUAUACGCGCUGUUCGCUUACUAUUGACUUUGGAAAAAUCGCAGGAGGAACAGCAGAACUAUUAUAAAGCUGUAGUUAUAACCCCCACCCUUGGAUAGAGGUAUUCACAGGUAGACAUGUCAGUGAUACGGAGGCGGAGAUCUGGGUCCGGGCGCAUGUUUAUACGUCUUUCGUCUAUAGCGUUUCUUUUGCAGAGUAUGCAUUCUAGAGCAAUAUUAAGGUUCUGUGUCAGAGGUGACUAGAUCUCGGUCCGGUCAGACGAUACUGUUCACUUGCUUGCUCUCUACCUCUUCCAAGGACGCGAGCAAACACGGGAC